UUUUGAUAUAGUUUCUUAGUAAUGAGUGAGCCUUUUUGACGAUCAUUCCCAUGAUGAAAAUGCCGCAACUCCAUCCCUUUUCCAGAGUCGAGUCGAAGGAUUAGGAUAGGAGCUACAGCGCCAAAGUCUACUGUCCCCUCCACCACAACAUACUCCGUAGCUAGAGAUAAUGCAGGACGGCUGCGAGCAUCCUGUCUUGUGACCAAGAUCCACUCUGCGGCACGACAAGACACGAUAAGCCACGGAUAUUUACCUCGCGAUGAACCCCUCGACAGCUUCCAAUAUCUUCAUUUCUUCAGGGUCCUAUUCUUUGUUGCUUCGCACCGAAGAAUGCAACAUGGCUUUGGCAGUCUACUUGACGGGGUCGAUCAGGAGAGAGGUAGAGACGCUGAUGGUGAUGAUGAUGACUUAUCUGGGCGGACUGAGCUAGACGAUGUAGAUGAUGAUGAUGGGAUACUGGCGUGUCUCCCAUCUAUCGGAUAUCGCAUCUUCAAUUCGAGACCAACGAUCUCACCACCCACACCUCACCAACGCUCCGCCAACGGAUACACCUCCUUUGCGAAGUGGCAAGAUUGUGAAACUUCCGAAUUUCGACAGAGGUUCAUUCAGGCCGCGAGAUAUACGACGAAUAAUUGGAGUAUAAUAUCUUUGACUUUCGUUCCCCUUGGGAUUGCAUCGCCGUACAUUGGACUCAGCGACACUUGGAUCUUCAUCUUCAACUGCAUCGCAAUCAUCCCGCUGGCUGAUGUCUUAUGCAAGGCGACAGAUGGUGUAUCUAGUUACCUGGGCGAGACAACGGGAGCGCUGCUCAAUGUUACGAUGGGGAAUGUGACGGAAGUGGCGAUAUUUGUACAUGCCUUGUUGCAGCGACAAUACACUGUCCUUCGAACGUCACUUCUCGGUUCCAUCAUCGUCAACAUCUUGUUGGUAUUGGGCCUCGUUCUUGUCACUGGAGAGUACUACCAGAGGGGACAAGUAUACAACGUCCUAGCGACGCGUGUUGCGGCGGGUCUAUUGUGCUUGACGACUGUCAGCUUCUUGCUCCCCUCGAUCUUGAAACUGACCACUGACAAUGCUGUGGUUGCACGCGACAUGCUGGAUCUCGGUAGAGCCAUCUCAAUCGUACUCAUAGUCGUGUACAUGAUUUAUCUUUCUACGCAGCUAAAGUCAUCGAAAUUCGCCUACAAACCACUCAUUCAGCUAGACGAUCCGAUCAUGCCCGAGACAGAAACCGUCGAAACAUCCCAGAUACGAUUGCCUGCCUUUGGUAACAGUUCACUGCCUCCAUCCCCAGACAUAUCUCCACCGCCUGCGUUUGACAGACUACCCUUAUAUCACGCAUCACACGUAACAAUCCCCAGCCUCCCCGCCUUCUCCAACACCAUCGAAACACUACAGGACAUCAAAACCCACCCCUUCAUCCAAAAGCUCCUCCCCAUCCUCCUCCUCAUCACCUCAACAGCACUCAUCUCCAUCUGCGGCGGCUACCUCGUCAACUCGAUCGACCACGUCGUCGACCACUCGCCCCUCUCCAAAACAAUGGUCGGCCUCAUCAUCCUCCCCAUCGUCGGCAACGCCGCCGAACUCGUCUCAGGCAUCAUGUUCGCGUCCCGCAAGCAGAUGGACCUCGCGUUCGGGGUGUCCAUCGGCUCGGCGCUGCAGAUCGCGCUGUUCGUGACGCCGCUUGUUACGCUGAUUGGGUGGGGCAUUGGGAGGGAGAUGGUGUUUCAUUUCAGCGUGUUUGAGGUGGUCACGUUGAUUGCGUCGACGGUGCUGUUUAUUGCGCUCACGCUGGAUGAUAGGUGUAGUUUGCUGAAGGGGGCGUCGCUGGUUGCGGGGUAUACGGUUAUUAGUCUUGCUUCGUAUUUUGUGCCGGAUAUGGAUUGAGCAUGGGGAGGGUGGCUGUUGGCUCUGAGCCUAAGGGGGAAGUCGGAAAUAGUCCCAGGAAGGCUCGUGAGGCUAUUUAAUUGACUACAGAGACAUUUCAGAGGGUAGAAUAAU